ACGGAUUUUAUCUUGUUUCCCGUCGCUACAGUGUGAAUAUAUAUUUCAAAUUUAUUUUACAUUAGGAGGGGAAUGCUGCUGAUGCUAAACACAUUCGGUGUACAAAGAAUUCAUCUUUAGAGAAACUACAGACAACCGGCAGAGAAUCCAACCUGUCUUCUUCAGGACGCAAAUAAUUAGCACACACACACACUCUUUUAUGGCCAAGUUUCUCGCAGAACUGCUGGCGUGUACUCUGCCAGAAAAGGGCACCUCACCUGUGUUUGAGUACCGAAGUCAACCCCAUAUCGCAUUGAGGCAUGUCUCCAAACAACGGGACAAAAUGCCUCAAACGCCACCCUUUCCAGCUAUGUUUGGGUCCAAUGGCUACAACAACAACCUCUACCAGACAAAAGAGGAGGACUACAGCGGCUUAUAUUACCAUGACAACAACCUGGUGUCAGGGUCUCUGGAGGCCCUCAUUCAACACUUAGUCCCCACCGUGGCUUACUAUCCUGAUAGGACGUACAUCUUUACGUUUUUGCUCAGUUCCCGUCUUUUCAUUCAUCCACACGAGCUCAUGUGUAAGGUCUGCCACUUGUGUACAGACCAUCAGAAGCUCAGCGAUCCUUCGGCAGAUAAGAUGAGAAUCAGAAAACUUGCUCCCAAGAUCCUGCAGUUGCUAACAGAGUGGACCGAGACGUUUCCUUACGAUUUCCGGGAUGAGCGGAUGAUGAGGAGUCUAAAAGAAUUAACAAAUCGAUUGACCAAUGGAGAUGAGGUUUACAGAAAAGCAGUGCAGCAGAUGACACAAACCCUGAUCCGUAAACUCACUACACAAAGUCAGUACGAAGAAAACUUGUCCAGGAUUAACUCCACAGUGCCAGACAGACUAACAGUUUUGAAAACCAAGCCUCAGUCUAUCCAGAGAGACAUCCUGACCAUCUGUAGUGACACAUUCACUCUGGCUCAACAACUAACACAUAUCGAGCUGGAGCGACUAAGUUACAUAGGACCAGAAGAAUUUGUCCGGGCGUUUAUUCAGAAAGACACACUCGACAAUGAACAGAAUCGUUUUACUGAUCGCAAGAAGGCAAGCAACCUGGAGGCGUACGUGGAGUGGUUCAACAGGCUGAGCUACCUGGUAGCCACCGAGAUCUGCAUGCCUGUGAAGAAAAAGCACCGAGCUCGCGUCAUCGAGUUCUUCAUCGACGUGGCACGGGAAUGCUUCAAUAUCGGCAACUUCAACUCUCUCAUGGCCAUCAUUUCUGGCAUGAAUAUGACUCCAGUAUCGCGGCUAAAAAAGACCUGGGCCAAAGUGAAAACAGCCAAGUUUGACAUUUUGGAGCACCAGAUGGACCCAUCCAGCAACUUUUACAACUACAGAACAGCGCUACGUGGUGCCACACAAAGAUCUAUAACUGCGCAUACCAGCAGAGAAAAGAUUGUCAUUCCAUUCUUCAGCCUCUUGAUCAAGGACAUCAUCAUCCUUAAUGAAGGAUCUGCAAACCGGCUCCCAAAUGGAGACGUCAAUUUUGAGAAAUUCUGGGAGCUGGCCAAGCAGGUGAACGAGUUCAUGACCUGGAAGAAAGUGGAGUGCCCGUUUGAGAAGGACCGCAAGAUUCUGCAGUACCUCCUCACCGCUCCCAUCUUCAGCGAGGAUGCGUUGUAUCUGGCGUCCUACGAGUGCGAGGGACCGGAGAACAACAUGGAAAAAGACAGAUGGAAAGCUCUGAGGUCCUCUCUGCUAACCAGGAUGUAGUUCUACUGAAGAACCCAAGUGAUGUUAAGCUUCUGGCAAGCCAGCUGUGUCUCCGUUUUUGUCCCUUCAAGAAGUGAGAAGUAGUCCUGAUUUUUAAGGGAAACGACAAUCACUACUUUGGAUGCGAUUUUUGUGUGUAUGAUGGAGACCUGGAUGUUUUGGUUUUUCAUCACUUAAAAGAUCAUCACUCAUGAUACCUUUUAAAAAGACUUUUUUAUAGAAACGACAUGCUGAGUUCUUGACAUCACUUGGCUGAAACUCAUGAUACAUUUUCUGUGCUCUCAUGAGGUUUUUGGAUGCUGUUAAAGCAAGAAGUUACAGAGUUUGCUGCUGGUUGGUCAACUCUGGACAGAUUAUUUAAGAAAAACACACACACACACACA